AUGGCCAUCAAAACCACAUCCAGCGAUAAAAAGCUAAGAUUCCUCGUCAUCGGCGCCGGGUCUCGAGGACAUCGCUACGCCGAAGCAGUCACAGAAUCCACCUCAGCACUAAUCCACGCCGUCGCUGAACCACGCCCUUACAAUAGGCAAGAGUUUGGCGAACGCUUCAUCUGGGGUACAAACAAACCAACUGAUGGCCAAGCAUUCACCGACUGGCUGGAUUGGCUUAAAUGGGAACAGGAACGUCGUCAAAGACUUUCCAAGGGAGAAGAGAAUGUCCCCCUCGGUGUGGAGGGGGUGUUUGUCUGUGCUUUGGAUGAGAUGCAUGUUGAUAUUAUGCGUGCAAUUGCCCCAUUGAAUUUGCAUGUAUUGUGCGAAAAGCCGCUGGCGACGUCUUUGGAUGAUUGUCUUGCUAUUUAUCGCGCCUUCGUGCCGGAGGGCAAGGAAGACGUUGCGCCGUCAAAGGUGUUUUCUAUCGGGCAUGUUCUGCGCUACAGUCCGCAUAAUAUGCGACUGCGUCAGCUGCUGCUAGAAGAACGUGUGAUUGGCGAUAUCGUGUCUGUCGAACACGUCGAACCAGUCGGAUACUGGCACUUUUCGCACAGCUACGUGCGCGGAAACUGGCGGCGCGAGACUCAGGCAGGUGUAGGAUCAUUACUUACAAAAUCAUGCCACGAUAUUGAUUUCUUGGUCUGGCUACUUUCUUCACCACCACCAGGCGCACCAAAGGAUAUCCCUCCACAUGCUCCACGCACAAUCUCAUCGACCGGAAAACUCACCCAAUUCCUGAAAAAGAGGAAACCCAAGGAAGCCGGAGAGGCGACGAAUUGUCUCUCCUGUCCGAUUGAGCGGAAAUGUAACUAUAGCUCUGUUCGGUUAUACAAGGAGAGACAACUCGAUAAAGGCGAGACCGAUUGGCCGUUGCAUAUUGUAUGUCCUGAUAUUGAGGAUACGUUCAAGACAGCCGGUAAGAAUGCAGCGGAGAAAUUGCUCAUGGACGCAUUGGCAGAAGACUACGACAAGGCUUCCACACCGGACGCCGAAAUCGCGGCUAGGUCAUGGUAUGGUCGUUGCGUAUGGGAAUCAGACAAUAACGUCUGCGACGACCAAUUCGUGACAAUCACAUGGGACGACGAAGACCCCCCCAAAGGCACAUCGGCAGAGAAUUACACCCCGCGACUCUCGAAAGCCGCAAAUCUGCACAUGAUCGCCCCCACUGAGAAACAAUGCGAGCGCAGGGGACGCAUAUACGGUACUGAAGGCGAAAUCGAAUACGACAGCAGGACAAUCAGAUACUUCUCCUUCGCCACGAAUGAGUUUACGACCGUUGAAAUCCCCAAGGCCAAGAAUCCAAAGGAGGAACAGGCGCAUGGUGGUGGGGAUUGGGGGUUGACGAGGAUGUUUAUUGGGGCUGUGCAGGCUGUUGAGGAACGAGGGUGGGACGUGAGGGAUGCGCAGAGGGAGUUUAUUGGGUGUACGCUUGAGGAGGCUGUUAGGAGUCAUGCGGUCGUUUUUGCGGCGGAGGAGGCGAGGAGGGAGGAGAAGGUUAUUAGGUGGCAGGAUUGGUGGGAUCAGCAUAUGAAAACUAUUGUUUGA